AUUUCCACUUAAUCAAACAAUCAGCAGUAACAUCCACAAUGUCCUUCUUAAAGAACGCUUCCUCCUUAAAGCCAUUAUUCGACAGGGUCUUAGUCCAAAGACUUAAGCCAGCUACCAAGACUGCCACUGGUAUUUACAUUCCAGAAAAGAACCAAGAAAAGUUGAACCAAGCUACUGUCAUUGCUGCUGGUCCAGGUAUCACCAACACCACCACUGGUCAAGUCAUUCCAACCUCCGUCAAGGCUGGUGACAAGGUCUUAUUACCAAACUUUGGUGGUAACCCAGUUAAGAUUGGUGAAGAAGAAUACUUGUUGUACACCGACAAGGAAAUCUUGGCCAAGAUUGAAGAUUAAGUUGGUUGUACUUAGUUUGUAACAUCAUAUCUUGUAAAUAUAAAGACAAUAAAUAAUAUUGC